AAAUCUAAAUUAGCUUUCUCGAUUAUAUGUUCUGCUUAACUAAGACAUUUUCAAAGGCAUGUUAUUGUCAUUGCAUGCACAUAUAUAUAUACUAAGUAGCAUUGUAAUUAAUUUGGUAGGACACGAUGUGAAGUGCGAGAAUCUGGAUGAAGACACGUGUGCAUUCGCGGUCUCGUCCACUGGAAAACGUUGCGUUUUGGAGAAGAGCGUGAGGAGGAGCGGGAUCGAGGUGUACACAUGUCGAUCAUCGGAGAUAGAAGCGGACAAGGUCACAAACAUAAUUGAAUCAGACGAGUGCAUUAAAGCGUGUGGUCUAGACAGGAAAUCUUUGGGUAUAUCUUCGGACGCAUUGUUGGAAUCCCGGUUUACACAGAAACUCUGCUCGGUUAAAUGCUUAAACCAAUGCCCUAACGUCGUCGAUCUCUUCUUCAACCUUGCUGCAGGCGAAGGAGUGUAUUUGCCAAAGCUAUGUGAAUCACAAGAAGGAAAGUCAAGAAGAGCGAUGUCGGAAAUUAGGAGCUCGGGAAUUGUAAUGGACACUCCCGGACCGGUUGGACCGGUUAGGUUGGGCGAGAUGGCACCGGAGCCGGCUACAUCAAUGGACCACAUGCCUUACGUGCCGGCACCUUCACCGUAUUAAUUAAGGCAACGGAAAAUGGAGAGAACACGUACCAUGUCAUGAGUUUUCGACGAGAAUAAUUAAGAGAUUAUAUUUAUGUUUAGUUCGAUGGUUUUAGUAUAUUACAUCGUUUGUUGCCUACUUAUUAUGUACUACUUCUGUUCCUUCAAGUUUG